AUGUUGUUGCUGUCCCUGCUUUUGAUGAUCGUCUGCUUUCCCCUGCCUGCAAAAGCCGAAGUGGUGCAAGACUUCAAGAAUUGCCUGGACUUCUUUUUGGAUAAGUCGCCACCUGGAGAUGCUCUAACGCCGGGCAACCCUGCCAGGAUUUGCCAGUUUUACAACAACGCCUACCAUUUCGCCACGAUGUACGAUCGAGAGAAGCGCAUCCCCAUAUACUCUGCUUACAAAUGCAAGCCCGGACAAGGCGCCCGAUACCGCGGUUGGAUGAUUGAGCCUCAGCUUGCGGAUCCCACUUUAGGCAAGAGCAUGGAGGACGAGCGUCAAGCCAACAUUCCUGCUGAUACGAUAAAAAAGAGCCAGGCCGUCUCUGAAGAUUACACCCAUUCCUUAAGCAUCGAAAAGGGGCACCUGAACCCCGUGGGCCAUCAGCCCAACGAAGAGANUCCCCUCCCGGGCUGCCACUUGACUAACAUCGUGCCCCAGUUCAGCAAACUCAACCAAGAUGCCUGGGCGAGCUACGAAAACCGUCUCAGGAAGGAAGCUCAGUCCUGCCUUGACAUGUACGUCAUUGCGGGGGUGGUUCCGGGAAAGGAGUAUCUCUCGGACCACCGGGUCAAUAAACCUAGCCACAUCUGGUCUGCAGCCUGCUGUGUGAAGGAUCAGAAGAAGAGGGCCUCAUGGGCGGCCAUAGCAAAAAACAGUGAGAACGACGUGAAAGAAUGGAGCUUGGAGAAACUGCAGAAAAUUCUGGCUGAUCUCUACGGGCGGGAGAAAAUCGAUCUGUUCAACAGCUCCUGUUAAGAGAUACCCAACUGGACAAGGGCCAGGCACGGGGAGGGGGGGGCGUCAACAAGGUCAAGAUGGUGGCUGCGACCAUACCACACCAAAGUAGUCCAAAUGCCGACCUCUUCAAUAGCCCACGAGUAAAUUUCUGCCCUUAAUUAGCCACUGUCCUGUAGGAGAGCAGCAG